AUGCAGCGUCAACGCCAUAUUUCGAUCGCAAUUUCACUGAUAUCCAUCUUGUUUUAUUCCGCAUUAACUAGAGCUCUUCCUGCACCUGAGUUUGGUUACAAUAAAGAUAGUGGAAAUGGGCCCGAACACUGGGGUGAUAUUAAGGAAGAAUGGGCAGCCUGUAAAAUAGGGCAAAUACAGUCUCCUAUUGAUUUGUCCAGUAAAAGUGUGCAAGUGAUCCCCAUGUUAGAGGGGCUCAAGUACUGGACUUAUAACCCUCAACAUGCUACUGUCUUGAACAUCGGUAAUGUUAUUGCAGUGGUGUGGAAAGGGGAUGCAGGCUCAAUUGACAUAGAUGGAACACGUUUCCCCCUCGUACAAGCCCAUUGGCACUGGCCCUCCGAACAUACCAUCAAUGGCCGGAGGUAUGACUUGGAGUUGCACAUGCUUCAUGUUAGCCCGCAACCUGAUGGAACAAACAAGACAGCUGUUGUUGGUAUUUUGUACAAGUACGGUUCCCCUGAUCCAUUGCUCUCUAAGUUGGGAGAAUACAUAACGGACAUUCCUGAAAAGAACCAAGAGAAAAGCGUAGGGGUGAUUGAUCCCUCAGAAUUCAUAAAAGGUAGCAAGAUGUACUACAGAUACAAGGGAUCACUCACUACACCUCCCUGCACUGAAGGCGUCAUUUGGACCGUUCAUAAUAAGAUAAGAACUGUUUCAAAAGAACAAGUGAAGUUACUGGAGGAUACGUAUGCUAAAAGGAAUGCAAGGCCACUGCAGCCCCAAAAUGAGAGAGAGAUACAACUCUACGUCUCAAAGCCAAAGAAUAAGCCUCAGCAUUAG